ACAGCUGAUUUGACAGCCACCCAAUGGAGAAAAGAACAACAUUGGUGUUUGUGCUAGAUCCGCGACAUCGACAAAUGGCAAGCUAGUGCGAAGCCACAUUCUACAUUUAGUAUUUAUUGGUCGUCUAAGUUGGUGCGUCGGUAGUUUUACAUUGCUAGUAGAUAGUGUUUCGCGCGUAAACAACAACAUAUCUGCUCAACCUCUUCGCGUCUUUUCUGUGAACCUCAAAACGUACAAGAAUGUCGGUUGAAAAGUUUGAUUUGCAAAGAGUGCACGAAAAGUUCACCGAAAGCCUCACGGCCGACGACGAUGUCUACGUGGACCAGUAUCUGGAAGCGUUUAAGGAGUUAUAUAAAUUUUUCCAGCUCAUGGGAACGGUGUUCGGAUUCGUCAGCAGCGACGUGAAGGAAAAGGUGGAGAUUCUCGAGAAGCUGCGCGCGAAGGAGAACUCCGACAGUUUUGUCACCAUCCGCACGAUGAUGGAGUACGAGCGGGACUCGAAUUUGCUCAACAAAAAGGAUUACGUAUCCGGGAGCAGGACAUUGCUACGGCUUCAUCGAGGUUUGGACUUUAUACAGGAAUUUUUGAAACGAGUCAGCGAACUGGAGGGCGACGUCAAGACGAAUGUUGUUUGUCAGUCGGCGUACAAUGAUACCCUUGCUCAAUUCCAUCCUUGGCUCAUCCGGAAAGGGGCAAACGUGGCAAUGUAUGCCCUGCCAACGCGGGAUCAACUUCUCGAUCGAGUGUGUCUAGACGUGUCGGUGGCGAUGAAAAUGCUUCCCGAAAUGCUGUCCGUAACCCGCAGCGUGUACGAUCGUACGCAGGACCUCUACACCAAGUACGAUUUGCACGGCCUGCCGUAAGAAAAGAGAUAACCCAUCCCGCCCGCUUGUGAGAUGCAUUGUUGUUUUGUUUUAAAUGAAGCGCUUUUAACUUUUUAAGUUGUAAGUUUUUUAUUAGUGCGUGAAGUAUUGACGCACGUUGUAUGUCGCUAGGAACGACAUGGUGUACUACUAAUUAGAUAGCUUUAUUUAGGUCCUGGAGGUUCUUUAUUAAACGGGUUUCCCCGAAUUCGUCAGCAAAAAUCCCCGAUUCGGAAGCGAGUGAUGAGCUUUAACUUUAUACGUAUAGAUGGCUCAACGAAGAAAUUUCUGUUAUCUAAAAAGUAAAAAAAUGAAGUUGAAUCGUGUGAACCCUCGCUAGAAUCAUUAAUCAUUAAAAUCGCUUUACAUUCCAGUAAUCGCCACUAUGUAGCUUACACUGCAAAUAGCUGUAGCAUAGAAAACGGAAGGUGCAAAGCGAAAUGUGAAUGCUUAACGACAAAUAAAACAUUUUUAUUGUGUAUACCCGAUUGAA